CACCCGGGGUUGACAAAGUUGUUCUGCAGAUCAGAAAGAAGGGGGUUUCUGGUCACAUACCAGUACCACUGAGAACAGUUUUGCUACCAGGCCAGGACCACAUCUUAUGUCUGCGUCGCCAGCAUCUAACCCACGACCUAGCAUAUGAUCUGUUGCCUAAAGCAAUAAAAAAUGGCCAGAGGAUCAGUAUCUGAUGAAGAAAUGAUGGAGCUCAGAGAAGCUUUUGCCAAAGUUGAUUCUGAUGGCAAUGGGUACAUCAGCUGCAAUGAGCUGAAUGAUUUGUUCAAGGCUGCCUGCUUGCCUCUGCCUGGGUACAGAGUGAGAGAAAUUACAGAAAACCUGAUGGCUACAGGUGACCUGGACCAGGAUGGGAAGAUAAGCUUUGAUGAGUUUAUCAAGGUUUUUCAUGGCCUGAAAAGCACAGAUGUUGCCAAGACCUUUAGAAAAGCAAUCAAUAAGAAGGAAGGGAUUUGUGCGAUCGGGGGCACUUCACAGCAAUCUAGUGUUGGGACCCAACACUCCUAUUCAGAGGAAGAGAAGUAUGCCUUUGUCAACUGGAUAAACAAAGCCCUGGAAAAUGACCCCGAUUGUCGGCAUGUCAUCCCAAUGAAUCCAAACACCAAUGAUCUCUUCAGUGCUGUUGGAGAUGGCAUUGUGCUUUGUAAAAUGAUCAACCUAUCAGUGCCGGACACAAUUGAUGAAAGAACAAUCAACAAAAAGAAACUCACCCCUUUCACCAUUCAGGAGAAUCUGAACCUGGCUCUGAACUCUGCCUCAGCCAUCGGCUGCCACGUGGUUAAUAUCGGGGCUGAGGACUUAAAGGAGGGGAAGCCUUACCUGGUCCUGGGACUGCUGUGGCAGGUCAUCAAGAUUGGGUUAUUUGCCGACAUCGAACUCAGCAGAAACGAAGCACUGGCUGCUCUUUUGAGAGAAGGGGAGAGUCUGGAGGAUUUGAUGAAACUCUCCCCUGAGGAGCUCCUGCUGAGAUGGGCUAAUUACCACCUGGAAAACGCAGGCUGCAACAAAAUCAGCAACUUCAGCAGUGACAUCAAGGACUCAAAAGCUUAUUACCACCUGCUUGAACAGGUGGCUCCAAAAGGAGAAGAAGAAGGUAUUCCUGCUGUUGUUAUUGACAUGUCAGGACUGAGGGAGAAGGAUGACAUCCAGAGGGCAGAAUGCAUGUUGCAGCAGGCGGAGAGGCUGGGCUGCCGGCAGUUUGUCACAGCUACAGAUGUUGUCCGAGGGAACCCCAAGUUGAACUUGGCUUUUAUUGCCAACCUCUUUAACAGAUACCCUGCCCUGCACAAACCAGAGAACCAGGACAUCGACUGGGGGGCUCUUGAAGGUGAGACAAGAGAAGAGCGGACAUUUAGGAACUGGAUGAACUCCUUGGGUGUAAACCCUCGAGUCAAUCAUUUGUACAGUGACUUAUCAGAUGCCCUGGUCAUCUUCCAGCUCUAUGAAAAGAUUAAAGUCCCUGUUGAUUGGAACAGAGUAAACAAACCACCAUACCCCAAACUGGGGGGCAAUAUGAAGAAGCUUGAGAACUGUAACUAUGCAGUGGAACUGGGGAAGAAUCAAGCGAAAUUUUCCCUGGUUGGCAUUGCUGGACAAGAUCUCAAUGAAGGAAACCACACCCUGACAUUGGCCUUGGUCUGGCAGUUAAUGAGAAGGUACACACUGAAUAUUCUUGAAGAACUUGGAGGUGGGCAGAAGGUCAACGACGACACUAUUGUCAACUGGGUGAAUGAAACAUUGAAGGAAGCGGAGAAAAGUUCAUCCAUCUCUAGUUUCAAGGACCCAAAGAUUAGUACAAGUCUUCCCGUCCUGGAUCUCAUUGAUGCCAUUCAACCAGGUUCCAUUAACUAUGACCUCCUGAAGACAGAAAACCUGAACGACGAAGAGAAACUCAACAAUGCAAAGUACGCCAUCUCUAUGGCCCGAAAAAUCGGAGCAAGAGUAUAUGCCCUUCCAGAAGACUUGGUUGAAGUGAACCCCAAGAUGGUCAUGACAGUGUUUGCUUGCCUCAUGGGGAAAGGAAUGAAGAGGGUGUAAGGCCCAGCGGGCAGGACUGGAGGCGCACAUGCGUUUCUGGCUGCUCAGCACUGGGUGCUCCCAGGAAACACGGGGACAAGUCCAACCAUUCCAACGUUUUCAACUUGGUGACAUUAUACAAGGUUCCAAAAAAAAAUGUGUAUCUGUUCAGCCAAGUAGCCUUUGUGUAUUUAACAAAAAGUGCUUUAUUCUUUGCAAAAGACCCAGUCUCUUACAAAUAUUUUUUUUAUUAUUGAAUUGAUUGCUUUGAAAAUCUAGAGACAAAAAGAAUUUAUUUUCCAGGCACCCUUUCUGCUUUUGCCAUUAUAGUCAGGUAUAGAAGCUGUAGGUAGUGUUGUUAAUUUUAACAUAAUCUUUCAAACCAGCUUAAAUCGGCUGCUUUCUUGUUUAGGGUGAGAACCAGGAGGGGAGAACCAUCAGACCAGCCCUAAAACCGGCUUCUGGAGGCCAGCGUUUGAUCUGUUACGAGCCUCCUUCGUGUAGCCCUUCUGUGCUCUCUCUCCCUGUGACUUUGCUCUCCACUCUCUCAGAACUCUGCCUUCUCUGUGGCCGUCCUCCUCUUGGGGCCACUUGGAUCAUCUGACCAAUCAGUCAGGCUGUUGGGAUCUCCAAGAGUCUCUGGUAACCUGAAGACCUAAGGCUCAUCAUCAGAGCCUUUUCUCAGAACUGGGGUCCCAAAUGUCAUCAGAUUUUUUUUUUCAGCCAAUAGGAAGCCCUCUGUUUUUAACCCUACGAUUUGGGCUCUGACCAGAUCUAACAUCUUGAAUACUGUGCCUUCAAAUAGAUUCUUACUUAACUCUUGGUGGAAGGUUCUAUCCAAGGAGGGUGUCAUUGAGCAGCAAGGCACUAGGGGGCAGUGCAGAGCCAUAACAAAGCAUCUGUUCUUGGGUGCUGCCUCUCCGUGUACGUAGCUCUGUGUGUUAGAUCUAGUUAUUGUGGUGUGGCUGGAUAUCUGGUGACGGGGAACCAUCUUGCUCUGAUUUCAUUUGCUCUUAGAUCAUAGUGCACGUGAUUGCUGCCAGGCCAUAGGACCGAUGUUUACUUUUUUGGUACCCUCAAGCUCCCAGGGGCCAUAUGUGCCAAUGACCAGUGACCCUCACCUCACCCCCGUACCCCAGCACACACACACACACACACACACACACACACACACACUCACAUACACACAUACCUAGCCAGGUGUCAAGCUGGGUAAGAACUGGCUGCAUUGCUUUGCGAAGAGCUAAUGACUGGAUAGUUAAAGAAUUCCAAAAUAAAACCAGAGGAACAGUGUGAAUUUGAGCAGCUCUAAUAGACUAUGCAAUUUCCUUGAAAGCUUACCAAAGGCUAAAUAGCAACAGAGCACUGGGCACCAACACUAGACCCCCUCUAUUGUGGUGGAAGGGCUCAUCAUUGAGGUAUCUUCUUUAGGGGUGGUAUGUAGUGGAACUUAGCCAUUUUUCAAAGCAAUCGAAAAUGCAUCGCCCCAGAUCUGCUCCUUGGCAGUGGGCUCAGGAAGCCGACCUGUGGCUUCUCCCGGUCCAUAACCUGUGUUUCUGCUGCAUCUGAAUGCAAAGCGGUUGGCUUUGCCUUAAUCUGCACUUCACCAUGUAGCCUCAGACAAUUCUCCCCCAUCUGCCUCCAGGAAGCAUGUUACUGCCUUAAAGGACGAUGAAGAUGAAGUAAUGCUCAAGUGCUCUCCAAAUAAAAU